CACAGUUUUUGUGCACAAUUCGACCACCGUCCCGACAAAACGACAAGCGCAUACAACUCGAUCGUCCAUCCACGUCCACGACGCCAGCACGGCGCGGGCAGUCUCCAUUCGCCCCUCGUGUGUCUCCAAGCGUCCACCCGCAAGUACAACACACUACACGACUUAACUUGUGGAUGGCGUGUCGGUUGAGCUAGUCGCUAGCCGUUUAUUGACGUUUUUCUCGCCUGUCACAUGACCUCGCUUUCAAUGUCGUCCGGUAUCUGGCUUAAAAGCUGCUCGUCGAUGUCUUUAUCGCCGUCCUCAGAUGCUUUAUCGCUGAGCAUGGACUCACUGCCCGCGGAGCUGCGCGGGGACCCAAUUGUGCUGCAAAAUGCGGUGCCAAUGGACCCAUUUGUAAUGCAGGAGCGGCAGGAGUACACAUUCUACGGACUCGAGCAGGACGGAGCGCUGCGGCCUGGGGGCCAAGUGGCUCUAAUGACACGAAGAACAAUCGGAUUAUUACUCAAUUAUGCGGGCAUUGGUGCUCUCUAUGGCGGCAUCAACAGUCUCAUUAUCCCUUUCUUCAGUAAUUACCUCCAAUUACCACAAUAUCAAGUUCGCGCGACGUCUACAGUUCUCAAUAUGGCGUGGACUUUCAAAGCUUUUGGCGGGUUAUUGACAGACAGUUUGAGGAUAUGUGGCUACAGACGGAAACCUUAUCUGGUCUUUGGCUGGUUAUUAUGUUGUGCGAGUCUGUUGUACCUUGGAACGUCGGGGAUGCCAAGACCUGAGGAUACACACGCAGCGUGGCGAUAUUUACUCUUUAUGACACUGGGUACGAUCGGAUAUUUCCUAGCAAACGUAGCAGCAGACGCCAUUGUAGUGGAGAUCGCACAGCGAGAGCCAUUGCCGACAAGAGGACACACACAGGUGUCAAUCUACGCUGCGCGAAUGUCUGGCGCAAUUAUCAUGGAUUUAUUCGUCACGGGGACGCUAAAUGGAAUGGAUUAUGGGGGGACUUUUUCGUGGUCGCUGGAUUUAAACCAGGUUUUAUUGGUAUUGGCGGCGUGCUCGAUGAUCCCAUUUGUGGGUUCUAUUUGGUUUUUGCACGAAGACCCGACAGCUCAAACAGUACCCAUUUUCUCCUUCUCGGACGUGAUCUCGUGUCCAGUACCGCCUCAACGUCACCAAACAAACACUGCCCCACUUGAUCCACCGCUAAAUUUUAGCGAACGCUGUCAUCUCAUUUGGAGACUAAUUCAGAGUCGAGCGAUGUGGCAACUGCUGAUGUUCGAGCUCAUUGCGAGUUUCUGCUUGACGAUGGACUCGAAUGCCGUCCCAGCGAUUGAAGCGAACUGGGUGGAUGUGGACACUUGGCCCAAGUCGAUUUCGUUAGCGGCGUGGAGUUUGGCGUUUAUCGGUGGCUUGUUCGCGACUCAACGUUUCUUGUUGCGUGGAUCAUGGACCAAUCUCUAUUGCGUUGCGACGGUCUGGGUGGUUGGUGUCGACGUUGUGACUGUGGCGUGCACGGUCUUUGAUGUGGUGAGAAGAAGAAGCUUCUGGCUGUAUAUGCAGGUGCUUGCAGCUCCGGCUGUGGCUCUACGGUUCAUUGUUCAAUUAUUCCCUAUUGUAGAGCUCGCACCGCGAGGAAUUGAGGGAACUACGUACGGCCUGGUCAUUACUUUCCGCAAUAUGGCUAUUCCUUUGGGUACGACAGCAUAUAAAGCCGUCAAUGCUCACUUUUCGAUCUCGGACGAUGAUGUACAUCAUGACUCGGACUCCACAAGAGUGCAGGUUACUUAUACGUAUCUUAUUGCGUGGACAUUCCAGCUCAUGAGUCUCGCGUUCAUCGGACUGCUACCUCGUCAGAAACUCGAUGUGCAGCAACUGCGAUAUUAUGGAGGUUAUAGUGCAUCAGGAGGGUGGCUUGUUGUUGUUGUACUUCUUAGUGUGCUUACGUACGUGACCACUGCAAACGUGUUGACCCUUUUUGAGAGUACUGCUUGUCUUCGGAUGGCUGGUGGUGCAGGAUGUGGAAGGUGAAGAAAUUAUAAAAGUAAAAAAACGAAUUAAUACAAUGAUGUCGUCCAAUACAAGUCAUACGGGCAACAUGCAGCUCUCGGGGACUCCCACAUCAGGGGACAAUAAUGCUGCGUCCGGUGUUGUCUUGGCUU